CGACGACGCCGCGAUACUCAAGCUCAUCUAGAUUUCCAAGAAACAACUAAGAGAAGGUUUCCAAUACGUCAACACAAUUCACGAGGAUAAACGGCCUAGUCACGAGCAUUGUACAUUCUAAUCAGUGGAUUCUCUACCUUGUAUUGUUCACACGCUGUGAUUCCUGCAGUCGAGCGAUCCCAUAUAAUCACUCCCUUCCCGCAGUACCUUGUAACUCUGCUUUGUUUAAUUAAAGAAGAUCAAGAUAUGCACAAAGGCUUAUCGAAACAAGUCAUCUUUUUCCCUACAGCCCGCCACGUUGAUGCCGCGUUCCACGCACUGUCAAAUAUCAAAGGUCCCUCAACGCUCGCUUUAAUGCACUCCCGGUUGUCCCAAAAAGCGCGUGAGCGCAGCUCUGACAAGUUCCGGGCUGAGAGCAGCGCAAUUCUGCUUUUGAAUUACACUCUCACGCAAACAUCAAUGUCAUGUAUCUCCGGCCUCGUGGUCAAUCAAGUUUUGGACAUCACGACCGGUGAGAAAGGGACAAUGAUCUCAUUGAAGCAAGCCUAGGUGCUUUCCGCUCACACAGGACUCGGAUAUGCCAUGCUCCGCGAUGG